AUGACAUGUUAUUCUGCCUACCUUGUUUUCAAGCUUGAAAGGGGGCGCUUUCAAGAUGUCAACACAGCACUGGCAGGUGUGAGAUAUGAGAAGGACAAGACCAUAUACGGUUCGAUGCGUGGAGAGAAUCGAUACUCUCAGGUCUUUCUCGCAAAGACGAAAUCUUAUCGGGACUGUGGUCGGUUUCCUGACAGCCGCUCUGAUGGGUGGAUGGAGAUCAAGCUCGGAGACUUUUACGUUAGUAGUGGGAAUGAAGGUGAAGUUGAAUUGCAACUGUGGCAUGCAUCAGACCAGUUCUGGAUGUCUGGUUUUAUAGUGAGGGGCAUUGAAGUUCGACCAGUAAAUGAAGGAUAA